AUGUCCCGGAUUGGCCAGAGCUACGGCAAUUUUGAGGCUCCUCAGUGGCAGUGUCUAACUGGCACUCGGGACCGCACUGUCCUGUACGAGAAGAGUAUCGAGCACACUGCCGCGGCUCUUGCUUUCACUGCCCAGCUUAAUUACGAGCUGAACAACGAGGUCCAUACGAGCAGGACCCUCGCCCAAGAGGAGAGGGACCUCCACCUUAAAGCGAAUGACGACCUGAAGGCAGUGAAUACUAAGCUCGAGGCAGUGGUUAAGGAGCGUGAGGAAAUGGCCAAGGAGCUCGGAAAGCUGAAAAACGAACUCGAGGAGCAGAAGAAAGACAACAUCCAGCUUCGGGAGACCAAUAAGAAGCUCGAGGAAGACAAGGCCGUCACCCUCGACCUCAUGGAGGAUAUCAAAACCCGCCUUACUGCUGAGUUCAAAGAAAAGAAGGAAACGGCGGUCGAUUCAGCCAUGUACCGGAUGUGGGCCUAUAACGAAGAACUGGACACCAGUUUUUUGGGUCCCCUCGAGGCGUCCUUCCUCGAACGAUGGAAUGCCCGGCUCGAGAAGGAAGAGGCUGACCAGCUCGAGAAGGAUAAAGCUACUCCGAGUAUAGUGACUCUGAUUGGGCAGGGAAUUGAGAUGAUAGAAAGAUUUCGGUCUGACUUCGAUACUUUCGUCUCUACCUACAAGAAGGACAAAAAGCGCUCUUCUCAGUUUCUGCAUCAAGUUUUAGCUCAACUGUCCCAUAUUUGUGCCUCUACUGAUUCUGAAGCUCACUCAUGUUCUUGUGGUCCAAGUUCAUCCUCGGCCACUCAAUCUUCGCAUUCUCAGUCUGUUGAAGGUGUUCCAUCUGUUCCAUCUCAGGGAUUAUUGUUUGAAAACCUUCAAGAACCUACAAUACUCAAUUACCACAGGUUUUUUAUUGACAAAUUUGUUGGUGAGAUCAAGCUUUGGAGGAUUUUAUAUUGCAGUUUGACAAUGGAUAGAGAUUGGAUUUCAGCUGAUAGAUUGUAA